GUUGGGACCCUUGGUGACACAGGAUGUCCCCCAGCAGCGGGAUGCCUGUGUCCUGACUCAGGUGCUCUCUCACUGUGCUCUCUCAGUCGUUCCUCCACAGCGCGGGACUCCCACGGGGCCGUCACGCCUGGCGCGUGCCCGGGCACCGAUGGUGACAGCGGGAAGGGUGAGGGACACGGCAUCCCGGUUCCAGCCACGUCAGCCGCACGCGCCCAGGCAUUGAGGUGUCAGCAGGAGCCAUCCGCCCACGCAGGGCUGCUGGCUGUGGGGCGCCCCACAUCACCCCCUGGCUGGGACGCUGAGCUGUGGGGGGGCCAAACCGUGCGCUGGUGCCUGGAGGAAGGGUAAUGGAGUGGGAGGGGAGGUUCACCACGGUGGCUGACGGGGGGGCACAGCCCCAUCCCUGCUCCCCCAGGGUGCCCAAACCCCCAGAAAGCCAUCCCUGAGUGCCAGGGCCCUGUGCAGCUUUGGCUUCCCCUUCCUCUUCCUCUUCCCUUUCCUCUUCCUCACCUGUGCCCUACCUGGGGGGGGCGGUCAGCUGAGCCUGCCUGGCCCCUCCCUGGGCUGGGCACGCCUAUAAAAGCCCGGGGCUGGGCAGAGGGUGGCACAGAGAGCCAGAAAGCCUGGAGCUGUUGGUGGGCACGACUGUGGCAGCAGCGAUGGCAACGCUUUACCCUUCCCUGGAGGACAUGAAGGGCCACCAGAUCUUGCAGGCGCAGGCGGCAGCCGGGGUGAGGACCCCUGCCACGACAGUGGCCACGGAGAAGCCGAAGCUCGUCUUGGGCACCAAUAACACAGAGCCGCCCAUGCUGUACCCCAACCUGGCCGAGCUGGGGACCUACAUGGGGCUCGCACUCUCCGGUGAAGAGAUCCAGAAGAACCUGUUCCCGGAAGGCAGCACCGCACUGACACCCGCCGGGACGGCUCCGGGCCAGCUCGUUGCCCCCCUGAGUGGGAACAACGCAGGGAUGCGGCGGGCAGAGAUCAAACCCGGGGUGCGGGAGAUCCACCUCUGCAAGGACGAGCGGGGCAAGACGGGGCUGCAGCUGAAAAACGUCGAUCAGGGCAUCUUCGUGCAGCUGGUGAAGGCCAACUCGCCGGCGGCGCUGGUGGGGCUCCGCUUCGGCGACCAGGUCCUGCAGAUCGAUGGCAAGAACUGCGCGGGCUGGAGCAGUGACAAGGCACAGCGAGCGCUGAAGAAGGCAUCCCCGGAGAAGAUCGUCAUGGUGGUGCGGGACAGGCCUUUCCAGCGCACUGUCACCGUGCACAAGGACAGCAACGGCAACAUUGGCAUUGUGGUCAAGAAGGGAAAAAUUGUGUCACUGGCUAAGGACAGCUCUGCUGCCCGCAACGGCGUCCUCACCCACCACUGCAUCUGUGAGGUGAACGGCCAGAAUGUCAUUGGCAUGAAGGAUAAGCAGCUGGCGGAGGUGUUGGCGGGAGCUGGGAACGUGGUCACGCUGACCAUCAUCCCCACUGUGAUCUACGAGCACAUGGUCAAACGGCUCUCAGCGGGGCAGGUGAAGUCGGCCAUGGACCACUCCAUCCCUGACCUGUGAUGCGAUUGCCACCGGGGCGCUGGAUGCUCAGAGGAGCUGCAUCCCCCUCAGUAUCCCCCAAAGAAGCCACUUUAGCACAAAGCCCCUCACCCCUCUACAUGCUGGUGGCUGCUGGGGGACACAAGAGACUCCUGAUAUCCUCUCCUCCCUCUCAUCAACAAGGAUGGGGCAUGUUUCUCCCACUCUCCCAGGGUUCCUAUGUCCCCUCGUGUCCCUGCUUGGGCCAGCGCUCCUGGGGGCAGACACCAAAGGCUGGCUCCAGCCAAAGCAGACACAGACCCAGUGACGUUUAUUACAUCCACCACAGACAGCGAGUACAGGA